AUGCUAAAAAGCUUGAGUUUAUGUUCUGAAGAGAGCAGUUUCGACAACGAAUCGGCCUUGGAGCAAUUUGCCAUUGCAAAUCCAAACGUGGUGAUCGCUGGCAUUGUCUUCGAAGAUAUCUCCCCGACAGCAACAUCUUUCGAUCCUGUGGUUAAGUAUAAAAUACGCCAGAUACCUGCAUUCACACCGAAUACCGCAGCAGCUCGUGAUGUUAUCGCUCUGUAUACUGGUCCUCGAGAUUGGGAUGACUCUUACUACUCCUAUGGAUUCCUUUGGAUACAGGAUGUGAUUGAACGCUCCUUAAUUGCUGCUAUGACGGGGAUGCAUAUUGUUGAGCCGGGAGCUGGAAUGCAAGAAAUGGCCUAUCCUUGCUUCAGAUAUGACAGGUAG